AUGAAGCUCACCACCAUCCACGCAACCUUAUUCACCCUCUCCUCAUCACUUGCCCUCGCCGCAAGCGCCACCCAAGCAACCAUAGCAACAUACGACGCAGCCUACGACGACGCAACCCUCUCAUUAUCAACAGUAACCUGCUCCAACGGCGAAAACGGUCUCGUCACAAAGGGCUACAACAGCAUCGGCGACCUCCCAACUCCAUACGUUGCGGGAUCCUUGACUAUCAAGGGCUGGAAUGAUGCUAACUGUGGCGCCUGCUACUCGUUAUCGUACAAGAAUGAGACCGUCUAUGUAGUGGCUAUUGAUGUUGCUAUUGGAAAGUUCAAUGCUGCGCAGAGGGUUUUGGAUAAGUUGACCCAGGGGCAUGCGGAAGAAUUUGGAAGCGUUCUGGUUGAUUAUGAGGAGGUUGAUGGAUCGAAGUGUGGAUUUUAA